UCGUGACAGAGAUGGAACUAAAACUUGUGCUUAGCGUCUUUGUGCUGUUCAUUGAGGUUUCACUUGCAGUAUUGCAGCAUGUGACGGUCAUGGAAGGUGAGACACUCAGCUUAAGCUGUCCUGUUACCAAUGCUGACAAGACCAAUGUGGACUGGAAAAACCCUGAAGGAUUUGUUAUGUUCUUCAAUCGCAAUCAAGCCUUAAAGGACAAACGCUACAGAAUCGACACACUGUCUGAGUCAAAAUUCUCCAUCAGUGUUUCCAGCGUCAAAUUUAACGAUGGAGGCAAUUACACAUGUUCUCAUUAUGGAGACCAAAUAACAGAGAAGAUAGUGGAGGUGACAGUGUUGGGUGAUCCCAAAAUGUCAAAAACAAAGCAUGAAGGAAAGACUGUCAUAAAAUGCACUGCUGUGGGGAACCACUUUGCUCCUCAGAUUUCUUGGAAAAUCGACGAUGGGUCAGAAUUUCUUGCUCGUACCCAAUUCCAGCAGGAAGCUAAAAAAUACAUCUCCACUGGGAUGAUUGAAAUUCUCUCAGUAGAGAAAAGAGUUACUGUGAAGUGUCUUGUUCGCCACCCUGCAUUGAAAUCAAAACCUAUGAUGAACUUUGUAAAAAUUAGACAAGACUCAAAAGGAUCUCACCACACAUCCACAGUCAGUCCACAUAGUGUUAAAGGAUCAACACAAGUGCCAGGGACAACAACCACGUGGAUCAGACAUAAUAGAACAGCAGUGUACUCCACCACAAGAAAUGAGAACAAGCCCUUAUCAGAGAGCUCAACGGUUCCCUCCAGUCUGCGGGUUUCCACCAGUGACCCAGAGAUGUCUAUCACUAGAUCUCCUCAGAUCCCUGUUACAGUCCAUACAGACCCACAUCUCAGCACCAGUGGCUGGACAUAUUCCCCUGAAACCACAGAGAACAUCACCACUGAUAACAUGGACAGUAACACAACAGGGAAUUUUGGCUUAAACAUGCAUAGAAAAGACCAAGGAAAUUCAUCAUUGCUGGUCUUGCUAGUGACAUGCCUGAUCUGUGGCCUUCUAGUGGUCGUCAUUUUUUUUGCUAUCAAGCUGAGGAGAGCACACAUUGCCUGGAAAAGAGAAAAUGAAGACUCUAAUCCAUCAGAGGAGAGCAGUAAAUCUAAAUCAAGCCAUGAAGAAAAGACCUCACAAGCACAACGGAGAAGAGGCCUCUUCAAUACAGCCUUCACACAGUAUGUUGUUGAAGAACCAGCGAAGACGAUGACUUCAGUCCAAAACACAGCUGUGAUCACAGCAACGACUUCUCAACAUCAAACUACAGCACAAACUUUAGCCAAAUGUAAUGCAAAGGAGACAUCGCUCUAACUGUCUUGAAAACACAGUUUUCAUGAGAUCAGCAAUUUUCCAUUUUUUUCUGCACUUGCAUGACAGAAUACAGGGCAAUCAUUCACUUAUUAUUGUUAGGAAUAUGUGCUUACUUGUGGUAGGUAGAACCUACCUUUGAUCUUCAGCAGCAUGAGUUCUUGGUGCCACGAAUGCCACAAGAUGUUGAAAAAAAUGACUUAUCUACAUUAUAUACAUUAUGUUGACAUUAUUCGUCACAAAUUUUUCUACUGUACUUUUAUCCUUGAUUUCAUUCUGUUACAUUGCUACAGCUACUGAAGUCCACUGAACUCACUGUUAUGUUCAUGAAGGUUAGAUUUCCUGUGUGAAAUGGUCAGUAGAAGAUGUCAUAAACAUAUGCUCAUGGUCAGCCAAAGGAAAACAUUUCCCCACACCGAUACAUAACCUGGACUGUCGAGGUCCAUUCAGUCUAACAACUGACAACAAGUUAAUUUACACCCCUUCUUACAUGAUUAGUCAUGCCAUGUUUUUGUUUUAUAUGAACAUUAUAUGUAAAGCCCCUGACCUGUAUUUACAAUAGUAGAUAGCACUGCUGCUAUAUGAUUGGCGGAUGACCAGCAACAGCAAGAAUAAGCAUGUCUGCAGGUGUUCCUAAUGAAGUGUUUGAAUGUUUACACAGAAUAAAAUGUGGCAACAUAAGCUUAUAUCUGUAAUAUAAACUGUGUGAAUAUAGCAUAUAUGUUGCCUUGUAUGUAUAUAUUUUGUAUGUUUGGGUUGAACGUGUAGCAAUAAAUUAUAUUUUGCU